GAUUGUGUAUGGUAGGUUGUAUGUUAGCUUAGUGAUAGAUACAAUGUCUAUUUGUAUUAACCUAGUCAAUAGACUAACUGAAGAUUAACAAACUUAACUCAAGUACUUCAACUUCAUACUUGUGGCGGAUUACCAACAGAUAGAUUUUAGGCGGAUUAACGGAAGGAGGGGUGUGAAUAUCGACGGCAGUAUAGAAUAUGAAGAGCAGUUUGCAAUUUGAUCGAAUCUAAAGAAUAAUUUAUAAAGAACCUACUCUUGUGUUGAAAAAACUUUUUAAAUACAUUAUUUAAUACGUUAUAUGAAGAGAUCAAACAAAAUAUUCAAAAAUUUGUGAACAAAGUAAAUUCAGGAAUACGAUGAUUUUAUAAUCUGAACUUUCAAAUGAAAACUAAACUCAAAAACCGUACACCAAUCUACAGAGAGUAAACAAUUGUUGUACCUACAGACAGCUUUCUGAACUGUGAAAUUUUUGGAACAAACUGAAUAACAGGUUACUGCCAUUCAAGAUGUCUAAAAUGUCUACAGAUAAAUUAACAGAACAAGCAGUAAAACAGCAUGAUAAUAUCCACCCAACAUACAAAGCCAGUUCCCUGUCCCCGACAAGACAGAGAUCGCAAAGUCAAGUGAGUAAACCUGAUGAGGGGGGUUUAAACAUAAGAAGACGGUCCAGAUUGAUCAGUAUGACAGAAUCAAAUUCUGGCAGAACGCAAAUCAGGUCCAAUCCUGGUUUGUCUAUCUUUAGGCUUGUCGCUGGUGCUAGAGCGUGGCAGCAAAAAGCUAGGCUUAAUUCAAGACGGAACUCAAGGCCUAUAAUUAAACAGGAAAACACGUAUAGACUAGAGCCUAAUGAAGAUGAAAAGUUUCAACCAGAAAAAGUUACCAAUAUGCUAAAAGAUAUCCUCGAAUCAAGGCUACACGAUAUGACAUACAAUGCUGCUAUCUGUAAAAAAUUGUCCGUCGAUCUUAGUGCCUUUAUCAAAUCUAAAGUUAAGUCCUUAGAUUUUCCUCGAUAUAAGUAUGUGUGUACAGUAACUAUAAUGGAGAAGUUAGGCCAGGGCAUGCAGAAUGCAAGUCGAUGCGUUUGGAACACGGACGUUGAUCGUUUUGCUACUUAUACCUACACAAAUUCAAGUUUGGUAGCGGUAGCUCAUGUACACGCAGUAUAUUUUGAAUAAUUAAAAUUGAUUGGGGUCACAAAAACUUAAUGUGGCCUACAUGCAUCAUAUAGAUGUUCAUGUGUCACUACAUUCCGAAAGAUUAAAGUUUAGGUGGUGAUCAGUCGAUCAGAUAAAGUUACUCUAUCAUUAAUCAAACUUGUGUACAUGUGUAGCCUUUUAUUAUACUAUUUUAAUAAAUAUUGGUAUUAAUACAUUGCUUAAUUUUUAGAUACUCACGAAUGAUGCUAUGUUCUAUACAUGACACUGAAGUUAUGAAUACACUUUAUUCAAAUAGUCA